AUGGAUCCAAAGCGCGUUUCAAAGCCUUCCAGCUCAACCUGCGCAGUCAGACGAUUACCUGCAGCGGUGAGCAAUCAGCAAGGAGCCUUCAGGUUCAGCCCUGUUGGCCGGGUAUCCUACUCAACAGGUUCGAGCUCCAGCUGCCCCGCUCCGUUGGUCGAGGUGCGGCAGCGAACGCCAACAAUUCUUUGCAUCGGUGACAGCUUGACCUCCGGAAUUCGAAACUCAAGGUGCUCCUACCCAGAAGAGCUACAAGCAAUGUUAGACCUUGAGGGCAUAGACAUGAAAGUCUGGAACGGAGGAAACUGGGGUGAUCGAAGCGAUCAAGUUCUGCAACGCUUACCAUCAACACUGCAGUCUGUUUUAUCGAAGGGUGGCCGUCCGGUAGUGGUUUUGAUUCUGGCCGGCACGAACGAUUUGCUGCAACUCCCUCCAACUACCAUGCAGCUAGCUAGAUCGAUUUCUGGCAUUGUAGCAAGGGUGCAGGAGAUCUGUGAGACAGCAUCUCGGGCAGCUUUUCACCCGCAUGUUGGUAUUCUCUCCUUGCCGCCUCUUCUUUGCCGAGAUGAAGACAGAUUGAAAUUGAACCAGUGCUUGCGCCUGCUGCCGGAGAGUGCAAGACCUAUGCCGGGUGCAGGGCAACGAUUCUUUGUCGAUCUAGAGUCGGUAGAUGCAUACCUCUCUACAGAUGGAGUUCACUACAGUCGGGAAGGCUACAGCGAGUUUGCCAAGCGAGUGCUCCAGUCAAUUCUACCGAUGCUGAAGGCUGAUUCUGCUGCCAAGGCACGCCUAGCAACCUAG